AUGGUUCGAGAAACCAAAUUUUAUGAUCUUUUGGAGGUCUCGCCAAACGCGUCAGAGUCGGACUUGAAAAAGGCUUACCGCAAAAAGGCCUUGCGAUUACAUCCAGACAAAGGUGGAGACCCAGAAUUGUUCAAGGAAGUCACCCAUGCCUACGAAAUUCUCUCGGAUGCCGAAAAACGAAGUAUAUAUGAUACGCGAGGAGAGGCGGGACUAAACGAAGCAGGUGGUAUGGGCGGCAUGGAUGCGCAAGACCUCUUCAGUCAACUCUUCGGUGGAGGUGGAGGCUUUGGUGGUGGAGGCUUUUUCGGUGGUGGUGGCCCCUCACGCCAAGGCCCUCGGAGGACAAAGGACCUCAUGCACCGCAUAAAUGUCACCCUCGAGGAUUUGUACAAAGGCAAAACUACCAAACUUGCGUUGACCCGCAACGUCCUAUGCGGCAAAUGUAAAGGAAAGGGAGGAAAAGAAGGCGCCGUGAAAACUUGUCACUCAUGUAACGGACGUGGCAUCAAGAUGACGAUCAGGCAGAUGGGCCCGAUGAUUCAGCAGAUGCAGACCACUUGUGACGAGUGUUCGGGACAGGGAGAGACCAUCAACGCCAAAGAUAGGUGUAAUCAGUGCAAGGGCAAGAAGGUUGUAUCGGAUAAAAAGGUACUGGAGGUGCAUAUCGACAAGGGAAUGAAGGGAGGACAGACUAUUACAUUCAGAGGAGAGGCUGAUCAGUCGCCAGGUCAAGAGACGGGCGAUGUGAUCAUCGUGAUUGAGGAAAAACCGCAUGACAGAUUCAAGCGACAGGAGAACGACCUAGUUUUUGAGCAAGAAAUUGACCUUCUGACUGCGUUGGCGGGAGGAGAAUUUUCGAUUCGACAUUUGGAUGAGCGGGUUUUGAUGGUCAAACUGGACCCAGGCGAAGUCAUUAAACAUGGCGACCUCAAAGUCAUCCACGGGCAGGGUAUGCCAUCCCAACGGCACCAUGAGCCGGGAGAUCUGUAUGUCAAACUAGGCGUAUCAUUCCCCGACACCAUCCCUCUGGGAUCUAUACCUCUCCUCGAGCGUGCACUUCCGUCCCGUAAGCCUAUGGAACAGCAUGAUGGCAAUGUGUUGGUCGAGGAAGUACACCUUUACGACGUCGACAACACAAGACGUGAAAUGCGCGACGAUCCGAUGGACGAGGAUGAGGCUGAACCUCGUGUACACUGCGCGAAUCAAUAG